AUGGACGGCUUCGACCCCCUCGCAAUGCCUUAUAUGCACAGUCCGAUGCCCUUUUCGGGCGGGAACCUACAAAACCUCGAUUACAUGAGUGUGCCUUCGGUGAUGGACCUGCAAGAUCAAUACUCCAACUUUGACUCGGAGCCAUAUAUGAGUGGUGAUGAGCUGAGUUUCGUGCCUUCCGCAAGCAUUCAACAUCCCGCACUACUCAAGCGCUACUCUUCUGGGUUUGACGAUCCAUUCGCCGACGGUACAAUGGCUCAAUUCGACCAGCCUCACACAGACGGCGUGCCCGAGAGUCCGUCGAUAGACCGCGAUAGUAAAUACUUGAGCUUUUCCAUGCCGCAGUAUAAUUUUACCCUGUUGGACGACUCUUUUCGACGCUCGUCGGUCAAUAUCAAUGCCCAACUCCACGGGAUGUUCUUUUUGGCCGAGUCGCAAUGGCCAGUCACACCCGACACCCCACCUCCUCCGCCAGAGCUCACAUGUUAUCGACGGAAUCUUUUCCAGAUCACAGGCUCAGUUACACUGCCUAGAAACCUGAGAUAUGUCUUCACCGAUGAUGGCUCUCGAAUACCUAUUUACGAAUUGGAAUUGGCAGUGUCGGCGACAGAGUCAGUGGAGGGCAACGCAGUCAAGAUCAUCUCAGUCCCUUGGAAAACGCCGGCCAACGGAGAAGCCGCCAAACCCGAAGAUAAACUCGAAAAGGAGCCCGCCACCAUCCCACUUGACAAGAUGUCUGGGCAGGAUUUGGAUACUGACUUUACAACAUUUCCCAUCCAGUGGAAGAGACUCCAGUUCCGGAUAGCCACGGCCAACAAUGGCCGUCGUAAGGAACUACAACAGCAUUUCACGUUACACCUGAAGAUCAUGGCAUCACUGUCAACAGGUGGAAAGAUUUCCAUCGCGGAAGCUCAUUCAGGAGCGGUUAUAGUUCGCGGGAGAAGUCCUCGAAAUUUCGCCGCCCGAAAAGAUUUGCCCUUGAGCAGCAGUUCAACUGCUAGGAAACACCUUCCCUCAGCCUCUCGACAAUCCAACAGCCAAACAUCUGUUCCACAGAUCACUUCAGCGCCAAAGGUCAAGACUCCUCCAGAAGACGUACCACCAGUCACACUAUCCUAUGACAACCUCGAUUUUAAGUCAGGCGAUGACACCUGGAUGUCGCUACGCAGCGAGGCAUUAGUCGCCGAAGCUCUAUUGGCACCCUCAUACUCGGCCUCGAUGAACCCCCCUCAGCUUGUCCCGACGUUUUCCCACGAUAGCACUCCCGACCUCGGCACACCAGGGACAUUUCCCUUUACAUUUUCGCAAGAAAUGCCCACAACUACAGCGCCUAUGAGCCUCCAUUUUGGCAGCGACGAUGAGGGGGGUGGAAGCCCUUACCCGCAGCAACAAAGCUCAAGGCACUCGUCACGGCCUCCGACCUCGAAUCCCUCCCCAUCACUGCACAACAAAGGCCAGGCCGGUCCUUAUAACACCACCUCACCGGGCCAGAUGGCCCAUCAAUCUGUACAGCGGCCCAGACUACACGCGCACCAAGUGUCUGUCACGAGUGUCCCAAGCUCAACAGGCCCCAUGGGACAAGGAUCAAUGCCCGCCAUGGUACCAGGCCAGCAAAGGCCAGAGCUCAACGCUACAAAAUCCGGACUGCCAUUCCAGCCUGAUGGCGAAAGCGCGGAUCAGCUCUACGAGUACUUCCCGCUGGGGCUGGACGAUUGGAUGCCCCCUGUUGACGCGGUGUUUCGACCACAUGUCGUGCACCAUAGUGGACCAUUACCGCCAGAUCCUAGAUCACCGUCAGGCAGACAUACGAGUAAACGUUAUUUCUCGGAGGUGGCUUGA